UCCUUGUGAAAGAUGGCCGACUUGCGUGCUUGAGUGAUGAUGUGUUAAACUCGGUAAUUUGGACUUACUACUAUGCAAAUACGAUACUGAAGAGAAGGAUGAGCAGCAGGAUUGACGUCUUAUAGUCUAUAACCCCAUAGUACCUAGGUAGAUAGGUACUAGUAGUAAGUACUAGUGUUAGACAGGUAGAUGCUGACUAAGUGGACGACUUCCCGAGUCAAGCCUUUGAGCCAUGUCCACCUACGCAGCUCCAGGAGUCAUGCCCCGUGUCGAGCGUCAACCAUCGACGUCUUUAUAGAUUACUGCAUUCGGCGCUUCUCGUCCAUCCGUGACUCCAUCUCUCGGCUUCUCACCGCUCUUCAUCGUGAUCGAUUUAAGACGGUGGAUACGAAAAACAUUUCAUGUCUAGCCCCGCAGGGUUCACGAUCCUACAGAGAAAGAGUAGACUGGGUAGUAGCCGUGGCCCCUAACCCUUUGCAUUCGCGCCUGCAGUCAGCUUCUACCAAUCGCUGCAAACCAACAUCCGGAGCACGGCCUAAGCCUUACGCCGCUCUGGCCUUGUCCGGACUUCACUUCGUAUCUCGUCUUCAUGGCAUGACGGGACUGUUGAUCGGAAACCCAGCACAGACAGCCGACGGACGCUUAUGCCGGUAUUGCAUCGAACCCCAGCACGCGACACGUCCGGCUGCGAGAUAGAGUGCGCUGGCGCUACGCUUGUGGCUUUGGCCUGCUGACAUCAUAGGUCGUGGUACUUCGGAUGAGUGAAAGCCAGUAUGUCCC